CAGAUGGUGUAGUACGUUUUGGAAUGUAUUUUAAGAUUAUAAUUUUUAUUUUAAUAAAUUUAGUCAUAUUGAAAAAUUCAAACUCUGAAGUCUUUGACGACAUACCAAGUGUAACAAUAAUAUGGAAGAAUUCGACAACAACAGUAUUAGGAUCCAUUAGCACAGCUUGGAAUAAUGAUACAUUUUACAGUUUUCGUGGCAUACCGUAUGCUGAACCACCAACUGGAACUCUUCGCUUUAAGGACCCCAAAACACUUAUAGAAAUGCCGAAAAUUAUAGAUGCCAGAUAUGAUGGUCAUGAUUGUCCCUCUAUAUAUGCUACAAAUUCCUCCGAAAACUGUUUAACAAUAAAUAUUUAUACAAAAACUCUCAACCAUGAAGCUAAUUUACCUGUAUUAGUACUAGUGCAUCCAGGCGGUUUAUAUAUAGGAUCUGGUCUGAGCAGUUUCGCAGGACCCAAGUAUUUGCUUUCAAAACCAAUUGUCGUAGUAACGUUCAACUAUCGUUUAGGUGCGCUUGGUUAUUUAAAUUUAGGUACUUCUGACAUACCAGGCAAUGCAGGCUUUAAAGAUCAAGUACUCGCUUUACGUUGGUUACAGAACUAUAUUAAAUACUUUGGUGGUAAUUCGAAAGACGUUACCCUCAUAGGUUAUAGUGCGGGUGCACUUAGCAUUAGCUUACAUUUAACUUCACCAUUAAGUGCUGAAUUAUUUCACAAAGCUAUUCUAAUGAGCGGAUCUUUACCACCGCAAGCAACAUUACCACAAAGUACACAAAUGGAAUUGGCUUCCAGACAAAUAAAGCUGCUCAAUUGUAGAGCAACUCAAUUAAGCACUGCAGAAAGUAUUUUAAACUGUUUAAAUAAAUUUGGUGGAGCAGAAAUUGCAGCAACUUUACGCGGCAUGUUCGUUUUUGGCAAGGAUAAUCCUAUUUAUUUGUGGUUACCAGUUGUGGAAGCAGAUUUCGGACAGGAGCGAUUCUAUACUGACACUCUUUAUGAGCAAUUGCGUACAGGCAAAUUUCAUAAGAUACCAAUUUUGUAUGGUUUUACUGAUGGGGAAUUUUGCACUUCCGCUGCAGACAUAGUGAAAAAUCAGAGACUUGAACAACGUUUUUAUGCAGAAUUUGAAGAGUUGGCACCACACAUUUUUAUGUAUGAAAGAAACAGUAAUAAAGAUGUUAUAAAUGCUGCUAUAAAAUCAUAUUACCUGAAAAAUAGUACAGAAGGAGCAACAAAUUUUUUUCAACUCUGUAACCUUUUUUCAGACGCCAUAAUACGUUUUGGUGCAGUACGUCUGGCUAAGCUGGCUUCAAAGUAUACAAAUGUCUAUGCAUACAAAUUUGUCUAUAAGGGAGAAUACAGUAAUUUAAAUUUUCAGACCAAUCAAUCGCGGGUAGAGCACAUGGAUGAUUUUAUGUAUUUAUUCGAAUCGGAGUUACACAAAUUUAAUAAACAAGACAAAGACGCUCAUCUAGUCAACCUUUAUACCAAUUACCUUUAUGAUUUCAUCAAAAGCAGAAACAUUUUUGCAAAUCCAUCUACAGCAUAUCCAACAGGUUAUACGCUCAUCUCAAACCAAUUGGAAUUUAAACGAGGAAUAAAUUUUGACGAAUAUGAUUUUUGGAACGAACACUUUCCAUUAAAUUAAGAGUACAUAAUAUAUUUCUAUACAAAGUUCAAGAACACUUUGAACUUGUAAAUAAUGUAAACUAUUUUAUUGUAUUAUUUUUGUAUUUCAA